AUGGAUAGCAUUAGAUAUCCAUCCAUCCAAAUAUCAUUUCUCAAUCUGCCAGAAACCAAACGACAAUCCAUCUACUAUCAGCCAGCAGGAGAUAGUUGCUUCAGAAUGAAAGGGUAUAGUGAGAAGAUAAACCCCCCAUGGCAACCCUUCCAUGCGCAAGAUAUAAAUGUGCCGGACUUCCCUGCUACGACGCUGGAGCACGCACCAGAAGAUGUCGAACGACAAAUAGGACUUGCAAGGGAAGAAUACAAGCAGCUACGCACUCAGAUUAAUAGGAUAAAGUCCAGAAUACAGGACGCUGACCUGCAAUCUUUGUCUAAAAAUGUGGCGCCGAUAACAUCGGUCAACUUAAAACCAGUGACAACAUUAAAAGGGCAUAACAAUAAAGUUAGCAGUUUCAGAUGGAGUUCUGACUCUAGAACAAUACUCAGUGCGAGUCAGGAUGGCUUCAUGCUGCUAUGGGAUGCUGCCACCGGCUUAAAGAGUAAUGCGAUACCACUUCAUUCCCAGUGGGUCUUGAGUUGUGCUAUAUGUCCCAAUGGAAACCUAGUCGCUAGCGCAGGACUGGACAAUAACUGCACCAUCUAUAGAGUCUCACGCAAGGACAGGAUUCAGCAGAACAUUGUUUCUAUCUUCAAGGGCCACACAUGUUACAUAUCAGAAAUUGAAUUUCUGGACGAUAAUUCUAUCUUAACGGCUAGUGGGGAUAUGACAUGUGCACUGUGGGACAUUACUAAAAGCAAGCGGAUAAAUGAGUUUGCUGAUCACCUGGGUGAUGUGUUGAGCUUAUCCGCUGCCCCCACAGAGACAGAAGGCAACGGUAAUGUUUUUGCGAGCGGGGGCUCUGAUGGGUACCUUUAUAUCUGGGAUAAAAGAGUACCCACAAGUGUUCAGAGUUUUUUCGUUAGCGACAGCGAUGUCAGUAAGGUCAAGUUCUUCAGAAAUGGCAACACUAUAGCCACCGGCUCUGACGACGGAUGCACCAAUCUUUACGACUUAAGAAGUGACUGCCGAAUCGCAAAUUACUCUCUUUCCAGAAGUAUUCAUGGUGCAACCCCGGUUCAACAGCAGACGUAUAUCAUGUCGAAUAUGGACUAUACAGCCCCAUCGGGUACCCUUGCAAGAGCGAGCCCCUAUUCGCCCGCAAUCGGCACAGUUUCCUCAAGCUUCAUAGACAACCAGGGCGUGAUUUCAAUGGAUUUUAGUCGCUCAGGCCGCCUACUAUAUGUAUCAUACACGGAAUUUGGGUGCGCAGUAUGGGAUCUUGUUAAAGGAGAGAUAAUCGGCAAACUUGACGGCCAUUCGGACAGGAUAUCUGGCGUGGCCACUAGCCCUGACGGACUUGCUAUCUGCACCGGCUCUUGGGAUAUGACGAUGAAAGUGUGGUCACCUGCCUAUAUGUGA